GAAACACACCCUGCAUCGCGUAGCCAGAAGUGGGGAUGAAUGGCGGCUGCAGCGGCGACAAGCGGGACAACUGCGGGAACUGGGGGACCAGGAGCCGCAGAGCCCGAGGAGCCGCGCGGCUGGCGCUGCCUGGAGCACGGCGACCGCGUGGCCGAGCUCUUCUGUCGCCGCUGCCACCACUGCGUAUGCGCGUUGUGCCCAGUGCUGGGCGCGCACCGCGGCCACCCUGUCCGCCUGGCGCUGGAAGAGGCGGCGCUCGUGCAGAAACUCACCCAAGACUGUUUAAAGCAGUUGGCAACCAAGAAGCAACAAGAAGUUGAUAACAUAACCCAGAUAGAAGAUGCUGCUGAGAAGCUCAAGGCUCAUGCAGAGUCGAGUAAAACCUGGUUGGCGGGGAAAUUCUCUGAACUCAGAUUACUGCUGGAUGAAGAGGAAGUGCUGGCCAAGAAAUUCGUGGAUAAAAACAUGCAGCUUGCCCUGCAGGCGUACAGGCAGCAAAUCGAGUCUUGUGAGGAGCACAUCAGUGUCAUGAGUGAUCUUUCACACAGGGUCUGGAGUAUCAGCCAGGAGCCCAAUCCCAUACAGCUGCUGCAGGCAUACUCGGCCGCCAGACAGGAGAUGCAGCAGCAGAUGAGCCUUGGGGAGCUGUGCCACCCCAUGCCUCUCUCCUUUGAGCCCGUCAAGAGCCUCUUUAAGGGCCUUGUGGAAGCCAUUCAGAGCGCGCUUCAGAUGCCACUGGACGUUCGUAUUAAGGAAAACGUGAACUUCCAGCUCUUGGGCUCCUCCAGCACCAAGCCAGGUGCCUUGUUGAAAACAGGCCCCUCUCCGGAGCGAUCGCUCUUCUUAAAAUAUGCGCGCACGCCCACGCUGGAGCCUGACACGAUGCACGCGCGCCUGCGCCUCUCCACCGACCGCUUAACGGUUCGUUGCGGUCUGUUGGGCCGCCUCGGGCCGACGCCCGCGCUGCGUUUCGACGCGCUGUGGCAGGUGCUGGGCCGCGACGGCUUUGCUGCCGGCCGCCACUACUGGGAGGUGGACGUGCAGGAGGCUGGCGCCGGCUGGUGGGUAGGCGCGGCCUACGCCUCUAUGCGGCGCUGCGGCUCGUCGGCUGCCGCCCGCCUGGGCUGUAACCGCCAGUCCUGGUGCCUCAAGCGCUAUGACCUCGAGUACUGGGCCUUCCACGACGGACAGCGCAGCCGCCUCCGGCCCCGCGACGACCCCGACCGGCUCGGCGUGUUCCUGGAUUACGAGGCCGGCGUCCUGGCCUUCUACGACGUGACCGGCGGUAUGAGCCACCUGCACACCUUCCGCGCCGCCUUCCAGGAGCCGCUCUAUCCGGCCCUGCGGCUCUGGGAAGGCGCCAUCAGCAUCCCCCGGCUGCCCUAGGGGCCAAGACCAGAGUGGCCGCCCAACGUGCGACCACUGCGACAGCCUCUGGUGUCACCUGACCUAGACGGGACUAGUGCAUUGCUUGCUCUCUGACACCUGGUCAUCCCCCUCCCGGACCAGUGAAGCCCUGUGCUUUGAACAGUUUCUCUCCUAGUCUUGUUUCAGACUUGGGCUAAACACGCGUAUGCAGCUGCUCUCUCAUCGGCUUCUCACCAGAGCACUUAAACUACAGUGCUUCUAGUUCAGGUUCCUGAAAGUGACGUUUCCAUACUGAGCUGUAAGCAUCUUGACGUCGUCAGAAUACCAUAUCCUCAGCCUCGGAACCUUCUUCAUGCAGCACCUAGGACCAUGCCUGGCACAUAGUAGGUGCACAAGAAAUAUUUGUGAAUGACUGGAGAGCCAGAGUCAACCAACUCUGACUCUUCUGUCCCUUAACUGUCCUUUGGAUGGGCCUCCUCUCUACUUCAGCUUGUCCAUGUCACCUCCCUUCAGAGCAGCUGAAGAGCCUCUUAACACCUGCUGGUCUGAAUCCUCUUCCAUCCUCACCCUCCACCCUACAGCUGGCAUUAUCUGCCUAAAAUCUCAAUCUCUUAGAGCCAUCUAGGAGCUCCCCAAAGACGGGGGAAAAACAAGCACUUUACCCUAGCAUUCAAGGCUUUUCUAGUCUGCCCUAAACUACUCACCCUCAUCAAGUUCCUGUUGCUCUUCUCAGGGACCCCUCUGAUCAGAACUGUGUCACGAAGUCCCACCAUGGCACCUUUUCCUUUGCUGUUAUCCUCCCCCCACGCCACCACAUACAUGUUUACACAGGGAAGCCCUUUCUUCUUUGCUUGUCUCAGCCUUCCCCAGGGUUACCUGCCCCUGGAAGUCUCCCCAAGCCACAGGAAUCUCUCUCACUAUCAGAGCCACAAAUCUGGGACCUAUCUUUCCAGUCGUAUUGGAUGCUUUCUGAGGGCAGUUGUGCCCUACAUACUCCCCACCCUGAAAAGUUCAGGUGGUGAGUAAAUGACUAUCAGCUCGCUGUCAUUGAAGACGUGAGUUGGGAGGACCUUGUAGAUCACCCAGCUUGACCUUAUUGAGCAUUUGGGAAGUCUAAGGUCCUGAAAGAGAAUUGCUAAUAAUCCCCCACAGUGACAUCUGGGCCAGGCCUGGAGCCAUGUCUUGUUCCCUAUCCCCCACUCUCUAGACAAGUGUCUAACCUGCCCUCUGGCCCAGCCCUCCUGGACCAGGUUUCACCUGGGAGAUUUUACUGCUUAGUCAUUUCUCAGGCGAUGUUGGGAAGGAAUCAGCAGGUGACUGUUGCUAAGCAAGCACAGGCAGUUGUCCCAACUGUUUUGGGGCAAAUAGCAGAGCUAUGAGUGGGGUGUGGGCAGCCCCAAAUAUCCCCAUGCUCCUCAAAUUCCUUAAAUCCAGAUGUUGCCAAGGAAACCCAGACAGCCCAAUUUUCCAGAGUGACAGAAAUAGAGAAGGCCAAACCAGCAGGUCUCCAUAGGGAACCACCUCCUGUAGCAGGGGUGAGGAAGGGGGAGUAGGCCUCUUUCCAGGGUUUGUGCCUCAGUUCUGAAGGUUCAGCAUCCUGAUUUUGUCAAAUUCCCUAGAUGUGGUUUGAAGCAGUACUGUGUUAAAGCAUCUUCUUAGGCACUUGGUGGGGAGGGCAGUGGUAGGGUGAGGAAGAUGCCAAGCUGAAUCCCUCUCAUAGUCUCAGUGCAUUAAUGAGGCUUACCAUAUGAUCUGCUACUUUCCAAUCAUUUUGACCUAAAAGUGGCACUUUCAUGUGAGUCAGCCUAAUAUAAGUAGAAUACAAGGCAGAAGAAACCUCAAAAGUACCUUUAAAACUAGCUGGAUAGAUGUCUAAGCAUUAUACUGCAGGAAUCCCGAGAAAAGGGAAAUUAAUUCUACUGGGAAUGGCCUAGAGCUGAAUACUGACAGGCAGAGGGCAUUCCAGAUGUAGGGAAGAUGGGUACACUUGACCCCAAAUCUCUAUCCCUGAAGACCAAAACUGGUUCCUUGAUCCACAGCCACAGGGGCCAAGUAAAAACAGCACUGACUGUAGUGCCAGAGACUGUUAUGGAUUGAAUUGUGUCCUCCUGCUGCCAAAAAAAAAUACGUCAACUUGGCUAGUCCAUGAUUCCCAGUAUUGUGUGAAUGUCCACU